GGAACCUCCGGCGUCAUCGGGGCGCGCCGUCGCGACAGGCUGGAGGAGCCGCCAUCUUGGUCAAGGGCGUCGUAGUUGCCCCGCUGGCGCCAUCACGCCGCGCCUUCCCGGGGCCAGUUGGGGCUGCUGGGCUGCUCCGGGGGCCCCGCGGAGACGAUGCUGGCUGGCGCGGCGGACGCCCCGGGGCCGUGUCCUCUGGGAGAGGACAGCUUCACGCGCUUUUCGUCGCAGAGCAACGUGUACGGACUGGCGCGCGGCGCCCAGGGUCGCGGGGAGCUGCUGGCGGCCACUCUUAAAGGGAAGGUGCUGGGCUUCCGCUACCAGGACCUCCGACAGAAAAUCCGCCCCGUGGCCAAGGAGCUGCAGUUCAACUACAUCCCGGGUCUGCUCCGCGCAUGCGCUCUCCCUCCUUUCUCCUCCCCCUCUUCCGGGGUCAGGGAGCAGGGGAGCGGAGAAGGAAAGGGAAUGAGCUCCCGGCACCCAGAGGCGCCGGCUUGCGGGGGCCGGGACUGGGAUCCAAAAGACGCGAGUUCCAAUCCUACCUUUGGGGAAUUUAAACCCGAGAUUCAGGCCGCUCAUCUCUUCAUGGGUUUUGGCAAACCCGGGCCCACAGGCCCUUCAGGCAGCGCCACAGGACCAGUGGGUGCCAGGAGGGCUCCCCCGAAUCUGUCCAUCACACCUUCCCAAUCCCCCCAAACUUGGUGGGUGGGAAUCACCUUCAUCAAGGACUCCGGAGACAAGGCCAGCCCCUUCCUCAACAUUUACUGUGACUACGAGCCCGGCUCCGAAUACAACCUGGACUCCAUCGCUCAGAGCUGCCUGAACCUGGAGCUGCAGUUCACCCCCUUCCAGCUGGGCCACGCCGAGAGACCCAAAAAUGGGCCCAACCCCCCCACCCCUUCCACUUCCCCCUCCACUCCUUCCGGAUCCCAGGAGGGCCCCCCCCCUUCUGGCCCAUCACCCCUGGGCGGGGGGCGGAAGGAUCCCAAAGCACUCCCUCCCCUUCUUCCCCCAGAGGCCAAAGGGGCGUCCCUGCCUCCAGAGGACUACAGUGUCCUGGUGACCAGCAUGAUGGAGCCGGCCGUGGUGUAUCGGAACGUCCUGUCCCAUGGGCUUCAGGACCAGGUGCUGCUGCCCGGGAGUGACCAGUUUGACAGCGUCCUGUGCGGGCUCGUCACCGACGUGGACCUGGACGGGAAGCCUGAGAUUCUGCUGGGCACCUAUGGCCAGGUGGGCCUCGUCCGCCACUCUGCGGGUCAGCCACUCUGGACCUCUCCCCUCUUUGUCCCCAAGGUCCUGAGUUGACCUUCUCUGUGGACAAACCUCCGGACAUUGUGGUUCAGUCCUCGCCUCACUGCUCUGGUCUAACCCCGGACUCACUUUGGCCUAACCUCUGACUCUCACUUUGGUCUAACCACUGACUUCACACUGCUCUAAGCUCUGACUCUCACUCUGGUCUAACCUCUGACUUUUCACUGUAGUUCAUCCUCUCUCAUCUGUCCCUCUAUCUUCUCUCUCUCUCUGACU